AAAAAAAAAAUGGCUAAAUUGUUCGCCUUUGCCGCAGUCUUGAUGAUGCUCUUGGCUGCUUGCGUCGUCUCUGCCCAACAAUCAACAUCAUUGAAGAAUGGUGUCUACACAACUGUUCACUUGGUUGCUAAUACUCCAGAAUAUCUUGAUAUUAACUUGAGAAAUAAUCACAAGGGUGUUACCACUUUUGUUACCACCUAUGGUUGUGAUGCUAUUGUUACUUUGUAUGCUUCUACCAAGCCUCAACCAAGCGCUUCUAACAACCAAUGGGCUCUCAAUGUUAACAUUAGUAGCUCUGCUUUCUUGGAUAUUGAACAAAGACAAUUGAAUAAUGUUGAUCAACUCUACUAUGCCUUGUCUACUGCUGUUACUAGUCCAUGUUCUGCUUUCUUUGUCUCCCAUGUCAAGCACUCUUUGAAUUUGAUCCAAUUGGAAGAUUCUAUUCCACAAUUCGGUGCUUUCCAACCAAACUCUCAAGUCCCAGCCUUGUAUCACUUCCUUGAAUAUGAUCUCGGUGAAGCUGAUUCUCGUUUGGACUCAUUGAUGGUUUUGGUUACCAAUCAUCACACUAGAAAGACUGGUGAUGAAUCUACUUACAAUGUCUUUGUUUCUAACACCAACUCUAGACCAAUUGAAGGAAAGGCUCAAUGGUCUGGUAUUUCUACUUCUAAUGGUGACUCUGCCCUCGUUAUUAACAAGCAAGAUCCAAAGUUUGUUAACGGUGGUAAAUACUGGAUUGGUAUUGAAUUCAAGCCAAGCGGUCCAUUCGCCAAGAGAGAAGACUCCCAUUACUCUGUUGUUGUUCAUCCAAACUUUGCUGCUCAAAGAUCUGGAUUUGACAAGCCAGUUAUUUUGCUCCAAAAGGAAUCCCAAUUCGGUUUUGUUCCACAAGGAAGCUUCAUUUACUUUGCUCUCUAUGUUGACAAGUCAGUUGCUGGUAAAGUCCUCAAUGUUGAUGCCAAGACUGAAUAUGGUGACAUUUUGAUGUAUGCUUCUACCAAGACUACUAGACCAGACAGAAACAAUUAUGAAUUCAGAGGUGGAAAGAGAGUUGAAUUCAGAUAUGAACAACCAACCUUUGUUUACGUUGCUGUUGAAGCUUUGCCACAUGCUAGUGGCUUUGCAGCAUUUGAAGCUGUCUUCAAUCGUCUUUAAAUUGGUAUUAUUAAAUAUUUAAUUUCUAUUAA